AAGACGUCACGUAGCUAACUAGCGAUAAUUGUAUGCUCUGUGCCAUUAUUUGAGUGUGGGAGAUGGAGGCGAGCAACAGCAGCAAAGCCACCAUGGUGGGUCGGCUACAAGCGGCGAAGCACAAGUCCGGCAAGUCGUUCAAUCAGAUAGCGCAAGAGACCGGCCUCACCAACGUCUACGUGGCUCAGCUGCUGAAACGGCAGGCCCAGCUGAAGCCCGACACUGCCCCGAAGCUCCGGGCGGCCCUGCCCGACCUGCCGGAGGACCUCCUCUGUGAGAUGAUGAAGCCUCCCAUGAGGUCCUACGACCCAAAUUUGAUUCAAGAACCUACCGUUUACAGGCUGAAUGAGGCGGUGAUGCAUUUCGGAGAAAGCAUCAAGGAAGUUAUAAACGAAGAGUUUGGUGAUGGCAUAAUGUCGGCCAUAGAUUUCUACUGCUCGGUUGACAAAGUCAAAGGUGUGGAUGGGAAGGACCGUGUUGUUCUGACAUUUGACGGGAAGUAUUUGCCUUACACUGAGCAGAAAUCGGAGCAUAUGGUUUCCUGACUACACUUGCAUGGAGAAAAAUGAAUAUGCAAGCAACGGGUCUAGCAGGGCAAAGCUCUUUAAGGGAAAAAAUAAGGUUUCCUCGUCUACACUGUUGGGAAUUGCCCUUAGGCUUUGUCGUGUAUGUAAUAACAUACUCCUCUAACAAUGUUGUGCUGUGUAUUUAAGCUGCAAUACGAGGAAGAAUAUUUUAUCAGAUGACACCUCUUCAGCUGAUACCUAUAGAAUCAUUGGAUUGAUCCUUGA